AGAUCACUUUAUUCACAAUUCGAGAUCAUUCCUCUUGACAAGUGGGAAAUUUUGCCUGAGCAAAUAAAAUACGAGGAAGAGCUGGGAAGAGGAGCGUUUGGCGUGGUUUACAAAGCAACCUAUACAAAAAGAAUUGGGAUGGAGGUGUUUGACACUAAGAUUUCAGAGCGGACUUUAUUAUCGACUAAGACAACACCUCAGGUGGUUGCUGUCAAAGUUCUGCAUGGUGAGAAAUAGUGUUCAUGAUCGGAGACAAAGCCAUGACCUUUUUGAUUUUGUGGUGUAUUUUAGUCCCCUUUUAUCAAGGUGCACCACUCUAAAGCUUCUCAAUAUUCUUUAAAGUUGGGAUGUUCAUUCGUAAGAGAAUGUUGUGUCUUUAAGACCACAAAUUUGGAGCUGCAUUUCUGCUUCCGGUCAUCGUAAACGUCAGGGCUCGAUUCCCGGUCAAGCUUGGAUUUUUUUAAAUUUACUAUCCUUUUUAUUGGGUAUAAGCAGAUCAUCGUCCGUAAGUAAUUAUCUGUAGUGACAUAUUUGCCUAUAGACCAAUCAAAACUUUGGAAGAAUAAUUUAAUUUGAAUGCAUAUCAUGAUAGAAGAGGAUCUAACCAACCCAUAAGUCAAUGCCACUUUAUCUGUUUUCUAGACAUUACACUGUUGAAUAUAUCUGUUCUCUUUAAUUGUGCAUCAGAAGCUAGAAUGGGUUCCAGAAAACAAUGGGUGAAAAUAACUUUGAUAGCAAAAAAAGUGAACAAAAAAUGCAGUCACAAAGAACAAAAAUAAGUGACUUCACGCCAUUGUAUUUGACCACCACUAGAUGAUCCAUCCGACGCGCAGAAAGAAGAGUUGACGCUUGAAAUCGAGCAAAUGAAGCUGUUGGGCUCACACACGAAUAUUGUAUCCUUGGUUGGAUGCCACACGCUUAAGGAUCAAAACUUUUUGGUCAUAGAAUACGUUCCGUCUGGUGACCUCCUGACGUGGCUACGCCGUAAAAGAAACGAGGUAACGGAGGGAAGAAAAGUCUAG